AUGCUUCGCAACUUAUUACUUAUUGUUGUGAUUAAUUUGUUGAAAGUGGAGUCGUUAUUGGUGAAUCUUAGAAAGUCCUGUGUACCAACUCAAGCUGUGAGAGGACCGUGUCAUACUUGUAUUUGCAAUGAAGAAGGUGUUUUUCAAUGUACGUAUACAAAAUGCGAGGAUAAAGCUCCUGUGCAUCGAAAUAAAUCUAUCAAAGGCGAGUGCCAGCCGCUAAUGACGUAUCAGUAUGAAGAUCUGAUCUGUUCUUGCAGUUUUGAAGGCAAAUGGAUGUCUUACAAUUGUAGAGAAACCUUUCGGAACCUCAAAUCUAAUAGGACCACAUCCCCUAAUCUGAGAUCGGGAAUCACAUUCAGUGAUAAGCCAGACGAAAUUCCUCAAAUCAGAGAAGGACAGAGUUGUAUAGCUGGUAAAAUUUAUAAAUUAGCUUGCAACACUUGCCAAUGUGGACCUAACAAUGUUUUACUUUGCACAAAAAUGGCUUGUCUCGAAAAGACGAUUGCGAAAAAAAUACAAAAUCUAAAAAUAGAUAAUUCUAAACCGGAGCCUAAAAGGAGAAUCGAUGUAACAAAAGUUCCGAAAAAAGUAAAAUCUUUCCCAAAAGUACCGAAAACACAAUGUGUUCCUGGAAGAUUUUAUAGCAAAGGGUGUAAAAAAUGCUUAUGUAAUGAAAAGAAGGUAAUUGUUUGUACGGAAACUUGCAGUUCAUCCGUCAAAAAUCGCAUAAAUGAUCAAGAGAUCUCACAACUAGAAUCUAGAUCAGCCCAAGACUUGCCAGAACUAACGCACGUGGGGAAAGAAUGUGUUCCUGGAAAGUCUUAUAUCGUAUCUUGCAACUUAUGCAUAUGUAAUGAAAAAGGCGGUCUUAUUUGUACAGUAAAGUAUUGCCUACAUAUAAACAGCUACGCUAAGCUCCAAAUACUUAAGUUCACAGGCACUUCUUGUAAAGAAGACUAUAUUGAUAUCUGUGUUGAAUGUAAAUGUGUGAAAUCUAAAAGCCAGUGUUCUCCGGCAAAAAUGUGCGAUAUCAACAACGUUAGUGAGAAGCAGUUGCUAUCAUCCGUUGGUAACAAAAUCAAACUGAGCCUUGAUGUUAAAAAGGAAAACUGUAUACCUAAUGCUAUAUACAAAGUACACUGUAAUGAUUGCUACUGUCAAAACGAUGGUACUUUGAGAUGUACGCAAAAAGUUUGCUUAACCUAUACACAAAUCAAAGAUUUAGAUGCAAGACAAACUUAUUUAGAAAAACAUGGUCUU